AUGAUCGAUGACAUCAUCGAGUUUUUACGUAUUCUCGCAUUCCGCGGCAGCCGUGAAAUCACAUUGACAUCUCGCAACGAACACAAAAUGCCCGCCUACGCUAUCCUCGGUGCAACCGGUAGCACAGGCUCCAGCAUUCUCAAACUCCUCAGCGCAUCACCAAAAGCCCACAUUAAACUCCUCGUACGAUCCAAGUCAAAGCUUUAUAAAUUGUUCCCGGCCGCAAUCGACAAUCCGAACAUUGAGAUUUUCGAAUCCUCCAUAUCCGACAUCUCAACACUCACGAAAUGCCUGAGCGGUACCAAAGCUGUCUUUCUGACCGUAGCUGCCACGAAUAACGUACCAGGCUGCUGCAUCUCCAUCGACACUGCAAAGGCCGUGGUACAAGCACUCAAGAUACUCCGCGAAGAUGAUCAGCACUUCAAGCCACCCCGUCUCAUCGUACUAAGUUCUGCAAGCGUCGACGAUAAGUUCUGGGACACGAUACCUUCCUUCGUGCACAACUGGCUCUAUACCGCCUUAUCAAACCUCUACGACGAUUUAAAAGAAGCAGAGAAAUACUUACGUGGACAGCAAGAUUGGUUGAAUGCGACUUUUAUCAUGCCGGGUGGCAUUGUGCAUGAUGUACAACGUGGACAUGAGCUGAGCACUACGAGUCAGCAGACGUUUGUCAGUUUUCUUGAUGUUGCGGGGGCGAUGAUUGAAGUCGCCGACUCAGAGGGUGAUAGGUGGGAUUGGCGGAACGUCAGCUUAGUGUUGAAGGGGGGACAGACAGCGAAGUUUGAGUGGAGGGCGCCAGUGCUGUUGAGUAAGGGCUUGGUGCUGCAUUAUGCGCCGUGGAUGUAUGCGUAUCUGCCUUGA